UAAAAUGCAUUUAAAGUUGGGUCUGUGUGAAGCUUAUUUUUCCUGAGCGAACAGCAUUUUGAUGGGUAACAUGCAUGUCUUCCUUUCUGAGUGGAAGGAAAACAAAGUGGCCCUUUCCCAGUUAACUGUGCCGGAACUUCAAGAGGACUUCAUUCAUGGCUUACAGAUGCUGAAAUCUCUACAAAGCAGACAUGUGGUCAAGCUGGUUGGAUAUUGUGAGGAGGAGUUCACCGUUCUUACGGAGUACCACCCGUUCGGCUCUCUGAAGAAUCUGAACGAGAUCUUGAACCUUCCAAAGUACAAGAGCUUCAACACAUGGCACAUCAGGCUCCUGCUUGCCAUCGAUUACGUGAGCAUCCUCCAUUACUUGCACAACAGUCCCCUGGGCACCCUUGUGAUGUGUGACUCCAGCGACUUGGAUAAAGUUCUUUCUCAGUACUUGCUGACCAGCAGCUUCCAUGUUAUUGUGAAUGACUUGGAUGCUUUGCCUCUUGUAGACAAGAAUGCUGGCAGACUGAUCAAAUGUGGCCAUCGGGAGCUUCAGGGUGCCUUUGUCGCUCCAGAACAGCUUUGGCCUCGGGGAAAUGAAAUGGCCUUUGAAGACAGCCUCAUGCCUCCUUAUGAUGAAAUGACAGAUAUAUGGAAAAUCCCCGAUGUUUCCAAUUUUAUCUUGGGGGAUGUCGAUGGGAGUGAUCUGGUCAGGUUCCACCUCUUUGACAUCCACGGGGCCUGCAAAAGGAGCCCAGCUGAAAGACCUUCUGCUCAGACUGUUUUGGACACAUACAAGAAAGUGCUAGAGUCGCUUGUGAGAGAAACAGUUAUGCCAAGGAGAAGGGACAUGUUAUAAAACACACACACACACACACACACACACACACACACACACACCCCUCAUGGACAUGCCUUGGUACAUAGUUAGCACAUUUGACUCUUCCCGAUCUGAGAAGUAAAUGGUGCUGGUGGAAACAUAGGCAUAAUUAGAAAAACUCUAAAAUGGCUUCUUAAAAAUGACUCCCGAUUGCACCUUCUGUGACAAAUUGUUGAGAAAACUGGGGGGGAGGGGAAUAGUAUGUGUUGUGUGUGGUAAAUUUCUGGAUGAGUAUUUCUUCCUAAAUCAAGUUGGCAUAGGCAGAAUAGAUGUAACUACAGUUGUACCUCGGGUUACAGACGCUUCAGGUUACAGACUCCGCUAACCCAGAAAUACUACCUCGGGUUAAGAACUUUGCUUCAGGAUGAG